UCCAUAAUCCCAGGCAAACUCCUCCACAAUUUGACCCACAUUUCAUUUUCCCCCUUCUUUUCUCUCCUCCCUAAUUCCAUUUUCCAUUUUCCUUUUCUUUUUCUUUGAUAGGGUUCAGUGUUGCAGUAAAAAUAACAAGAAAAAAAUAGAAAUGGAGGAUUAUAAUCUAUCUAAAUUCACUGUAAUCAGUGAUCCUCAAUCACUCAACGAUAAAAUUUCCGCCAUUCGCAAUGCUGGCCUUUCUAAACUCCAGGUUAUUGCAGAUUUUGAUGCAACAUUGACGAGGUACCGGAUCAAUGGGCAGCGUGGACAAAGCAGUCAUGGGCUUUUGCAGCAAGGAAAUCCUGAGUAUGAUGCUAAGAGACGAGCGUUAUAUGAAUACUAUCAUCCAUUAGAGUUCUCUCCGACAAUUCCACUUGAAGAGAAAACCAAGCUCAUGGAAGAAUGGUGGGGGAAAACGCAUGGUCUUCUCAUUGAAGGAGGCCUGACAUAUGAUGCAAUAAACAACUCUGUUGCUAACUCUAAUAUUGCCUUUAGGGAUGGUGUCGUUGAACUCUUUGAGUUUUUGGAGGAGAAAGAUGUCCCGGUUCUCAUAUUUUCAGCAGGGCUUGCAGAUAUUAUAGAGGAGGUCCUGAGGCAGAAAAUUCAUAGAUCUUUUAAGAACAUUAAGAUUGUCUCAAACCGGAUGGUGUUUGACGACUGUGGCCGCCUUGUAUCUUUCAAAGGGAAGUUAAUUCACAGUCUGAAUAAAAAUGAGCAUGCUCUUGAUAUGGCUGCACCUCUUCAUGAUCAAUUGGGUAACAUUGAUGGGCCAGUCUCUGACAAUGCCUCAGUGAAGCAGAGGACUAAUGUGCUACUUUUAGGUGAUCACAUUGGUGAUUUGGGAAUGUCUGAUGGCUUGAAUUAUGAGAAUCGAAUAUCUGUGGGGUUUCUGAAUGACAACAUUGAGAAGAAUCUUGAGAACUACUGCAAUGCCUUUGAUAUUGUUUACUUGAAUGACACACCCAUGUGGGGAGUGGUGAAGCUUGCAACUCAGCUGUGUUCAAUGGAAGUUGAUUGAUUGCCAAUGGAUAUGCUAUUAUUUGGCUCAAUUCUUGAUUGAAGAUUUUGAUGCGACUCAUUCCCAAAAAUGCAUACAUUUGUUCAUCCAAAAUUGACUCCCAAAAGGACUUUCUCAUGACAUUUGUUCCUUAUUUUCAGCCUUGGCUUUGCCAAUAUGGCCUAGCUCAAGACGCUUACUAAAACAAUUUGAUUAAUUUGUUGUUGAUUAGUAUUUUUCCCAUAACUUUUGCAUUUACUUCAUGAAACAUAGUGUUAUGCGAGUUUUGACCUCUGCCUCGGGAUUUGGUUAUAGUUGCUAUCUUUAAUCAAACUGUAGAUUGGUGAUAAGAGAAUUUUAUGUAAAACUAACAAAUACAACUUUAUUAAUUUUUUACUAUCUUAUAUUAGAUGUUAGCUUUUAAUA